AAAAACGGGAACAGUCAAUGAACGUGUAACUAUCCCAGCCAAAGGAGUGAAGUCUGACCACACCCGGAAGAUUUUAAACUUCUCAGAAAACCCAAUCAGAUCAAGUUACAGUGAAGAUGAAGGUUCUUUCAUUCUGUCCUAGCUCUACAUUGAGCGCCUCUCUGCCUAAUUUGAUCAUUUUCUUCAUUACUUAUCCCAUUCACAAGCUGGAAUCAGCCCAAUUCAGCGUGACCGGACCUGGUCACCCUGUCACUGCUGUUGUGGGUGAGGCCACUGUGUUACCCUGUCACCUGUCCCCCAGGAUGAGUGCUGUGAAUAUGGAGGUGAGGUGGUUCCGAUCUCAGUUCUCUGCAGUUGCGCAUCUGUACCGUGAUGGACAGGAUCAGUAUAGAGAGCAGAUGCCAGACUAUCAUGGAAGGACAGAGCUUUUGAAAGAUGGCAUCACGGAUGGGAAUGUUUCCUUGCAGAUUCUUAAUAUCAGAAGCUCAGAUGAAGGCCAAUACCACUGCUUUGUUAAAGAUGAUGUUUUUUAUGAAGAAGCCAUAUUGGAACUGAAGGUAGCAGCUUUGGGCUCCAAUCCUCUCAUCUCUGUGGAGAGUCACCAGGAUGGAGGGAUCCGGGUGGUUUGUCAAUCGGCUGGGUGGUACCCAGAGCCCAAGGUGCUAUGGAGAGAUCUCAGUGGGCAAGAAUUACCAUCACUCUCUGAAGCAAAAUCCCUAGGGGAUAGUGGCCUGUUUGAAACAGAAAAUUCUAUUAUUAUAAAAGAAUGUUCAAACCAGAACCUGUCCUGUUGGAUCAGGAACACCUUUCUCAAUCAAGAAAAGGAAUCAACAGUUUAUAUAGCAGAUUUCUUUUUCCCGAGGGUGAAUCCAUGGAUGGUGGCUCUGAGUGUGAUUCUCCUGGUUUUGUUUGGUUUCAUUGGCCUCACUGUUUAUCUAUUUAAAAUAAAAGGGAAACAUCUUAGAGAAAUCAGGAAACAUGAUACAGAAAUCAACUGGAGAAGAAACAUCAUCUGCCCGGUCAAUAUGACGGCUCAUCCCGAACUCAUCCUGUCUGAGGAUGGGAAAAGUGUGACAUGGGAAGACACAGAGCAGCGACUCCCCAACAACCCUGAGAGAUUUGACACUGAGCCCUGGGUGCUGGGCUGUGAGGGAUUCACCUCGGGGAGACAUUGCUGGGAGGUGGCGGUGGGGGGUGGGGGAUACUGGGCUGUGGGGGUGGCCAGAGAGUCUGUGAGGAGGAAGGAAGGGAUCAGCCUCAGCCCUGAGGGGGGGAUCUGGGCUGUGGAGCAGGGCUGGCGUGAUCAGUUCUGGGCUCUCACCUCCCCUGUGACCCCCCUGCCCCUGAGCCGGGUCCCCAGCAGGAUCCGGGUUUGUCUGGACUGUGACCGGGGGCAGGUGACAUUUAUCGAUGCUGGUGAUGAGGCCCCGAUCUUCACUUUCCCACCGGGCUCCAUCCCUGAGGAGAGAAUCCGACCCUGGCUCCGGGUGCGGUGGGGAUCCUGGCUCCAACUGCGUCCCUGA